AUGCUACAACAACGACAUCGCAAUACAGAUUGCAGUCACGAUUGUGCUGCAGUAAGUGAACCUCGACACGUGCAAUGCUUUCGUUUCGUGUACAACUGGUGGUGUGGCGUCACAAUGCGGUUGCUUCAUUGGCCCGCAACCGCGAAACGAAACCCCGCUUACAUGUCAUUGCAUCGCGUUCGCUGCAUCGACCUCAACUUGACACCUAAGCAAUCGAUAAAAAACACAACCAUGGGUACCAAACCAAAAUCAUACCAGUACAAUCUAGGAACCUAUCACCGGAAGGUCACGACGGCGAAUGCAGAGGCGCAAGUGUGGUUCGAUAGAGGCCUCAUCUGGAGCUAUGCAUUCCAUCACGAAGAGUCAGCGCGCUGCUUUGAACGUGCAAUUGCUGAAGAUCCAGACUGUGCGAUGGCAUACUGGGGGCUUGCUUUCGCUUUGGGCCCGAACUACAACAAGCCGUGGGAUCUAUUCGACGAAAAGGAGCUGAAAACAACUUUAGAGACGAUCGAACAUGCUCUUACAGAGGCUCAAAGCCAUGCGCCAAAGUCAACGGAGCUUGAGCAGGCACUCAUCAAGGCGAUCCAGCCCCGUGUGCCGAAAGGGCUCGAAGAGCCUGAUUUCAGAGCAUGCAAUGAAGCCUACGCAAAGGCUAUGGAGUCGGUAUAUGAGGAGUUUCCCAAUGACCUCGACGUAACGACUUUGUUUGCCGACUCUGUCAUGAACCUUUCUGCAUGGAACCUUUGGGAUUUGAAGACCGGCGAGCCAACGCCCGGAUCUCGCUCACUGGAGGUCAAAGGAUUCCUCGAGAAGGCACUCAAGCACGACGAUGUAUAUGAGCACCCUGGAAUUCUCCACUUGUAUAUCCACCUGAUGGAGAUGAGCUCGACGCCGGAGGCCGCAAUGGUCGCCGCAGACCAUCUUCGCAACCUCGUGCCUGAUGCGGGCCAUUUAGUCCACAUGCCGAGUCACCUUGACAUCCUCGUGGGGGACUAUCGGCGGGCCAUAGCUUCUAAUGCUGAUGCCUGUCUGGCUGACGAAAAGUACCAUGACGAACACGGCGGAGAUAACUUUUACUCUUUCUAUCGCAUGCACGACUACCACUCGCUGAUCUAUGCUGCGAUGUUCGCUGGCCAGUCAAAAGUUGCUCUGGAAGCGGUGAGCCGGAUGGAACGGUCAUUGCCGGCAUCACUCCUCAGUAUCGAUAGUCCACCCAUGGCAGACUGGCUUGAGAACUUCUCCUCAGUACGUGUUCACGUUCUUGUCCGCUUUGGCCUUUGGCAGGACCUGCUUGCGUUGCCCUUCCCCAAAAACAAAGACCUGUAUUGCGUGACGAUCGCAAUGAUACAUUAUGGAAAAGGUGUAGCACAUGCCGCUACCGGGGAUGUUGAGAAGGCCCUCAAGGAACGUGCCGCUCUCAAAGAGGCAGUGAAACGGAUUCCGUCGUCCCGCAUCUGCGGAGAUUUUCCAAACCGGUCAAAUGUCGUUCUUCAGGUCGGCGAGGCAAUGCUCGAUGGAGAGAUAGCUUACCGGCAAGCCAAAUACGACGUCGCAUUUAGCCAUCUUGAGGAAGCGAUCAAGCGCGACGACGCUCUCACUUAUGCGGAGCCGUGGCCAUGGAUGGCGCCUACGCGGCAUGCAUAUGCUGCUCUCCUGAUGGAACAGGGUAGGGUUGAGGACGCCGCUGCCGCGUACAAGGCGGAUCUAGGGUUUGAUGAUACCUUACCCAGGGCUAGACAGCAUCCGAACAACAUCUGGGCUUUACAUGGAUAUCACGAAUGUCUAGUCAAACUCGAACGGGGCGAGGAAGCGGGAAUAGUGCGUCAGCAACUUCGCUUAGCUCAAGCUGUCGCGGAUGUUACUGUUCACGCAAGCUGCUACUGUCGCAGAGCUGAGAAUGCCUGA